AUCACAGAUCUGUUUGACCAAAAACACAAAACAAGACAGAAAAUCAGGUUUCUUCUCACACCAAACUCCCAAUCUUUAUAAGUGCAGUUGCAUCAUCCUCGGCAUAGCAGAGAAGAAGGAGAAGCUAAAUAGAGAGAGAGAAAGAGAAGAGAGAGAAAGACAGGAAUGGAAGGAGGAGCUGCCCCACCUGCUGACGCUGUCAUGUCCGACGCGGCGCCUCCGCCGCAGGACCAUCAACAGCAGCACCAGCAGCCGGCAGCGCCCACGGGUGUGGAGAAUAUUCCGGCGACGCUGAGCCACGGCGGUAGGUUCAUCCAAUACAACAUAUUUGGGAACAUAUUCGAAGUCACCGCCAAAUACAAACCCCCCAUUAUGCCCAUCGGAAAAGGCGCUUAUGGCAUCGUUUGUUCCGCUCUAAAUUCGGAGACGAAUGAGCAUGUUGCCAUUAAGAAGAUUGCCAAUGCAUUUGACAACAAGAUUGACGCCAAGAGGACCCUCCGUGAAAUCAAGCUGCUUCGUCACAUGGAUCAUGAAAACGUGGUUGCAAUAAGGGAUAUAGUGCCACCACCUCAGAGGGAGGCAUUCAAUGAUGUUUACAUUGCCUAUGAGUUGAUGGACACUGAUCUUCACCAAAUCAUUCGCUCGAAUCAAGCAUUGUCAGAGGAGCACUGUCAGUACUUUCUGUAUCAAAUCCUCCGUGGUUUGAAGUACAUACAUUCAGCAAAUGUUUUGCAUAGGGACUUGAAACCUAGCAACCUUCUCCUGAAUGCCAACUGCGACUUAAAAAUUUGUGAUUUUGGACUGGCCCGUGUCACCUCUGAGACUGAUUUCAUGACUGAAUAUGUUGUUACAAGUAUGGUCUGUUGGUUGUAUCUUCAUGGAACUGAUGGAUCGAAAACCAUUGUUCCCUGGCAGAGAUCACGUGCAUCAACUGCGUCUACUUAUGGAGCUCAUUGGCACCCCAUCAGAAGCUGAUUUGGGAUUUCUGAAUGAAAAUGCUAAGAGAUACAUUAGGCAACUCCCUCUUUACCGACGCCAAUCUUUCCAAGAAAAGUUUCCUCAGGUCCAUCCUGCUGCCAUUGAUCUUGUUGAAAAGAUGUUGACCUUUGAUCCUCGACAAAGGAUUACUGUUGAAGAUGCACUGGCACACCCGUAUCUGACAUCGCUGCAUGACAUAAGUGAUGAACCGGUGUGCAUGACCCCCUUCAACUUUGAUUUUGAGCAGCAUGCUUUGACAGAGGAGCAGAUGAAAGAACUGAUAUACAGAGAGGCUCUAGCAUUUAACCCUGAAUAUCAGUAAAGUCAAUAGUGAUUUGGAGGAUAUUAUCUUUGGGUUUUAAAGAAAAUGUGUGGUGACUGUGUCAAUAGAGAUUUCUGUAUAUAUAUUUUAAAAUAUUUAAUCAUCUGAAACCAGAUGACCUUUGUUGGAGUUAAAUUGUUUUGGAUUAGAGGCAUGAUUGGCAGACUGCAACAAACAACAAUCAUAACAAUGUACCUUGUAUGGAUCAUGGAUGGCUUAUUUUGCUUCAUAUUAUUCUCCAGUUCAUUGGCUUCACCCAUAAAAUCCUUUUACCUUGCUU